GAACAGCAGCAUCUUUCUCUCUCUCUCACUCUACGGCUCUCUCUCUCUCGUGCGCGCGCUCCUUAGCCGUUAGCGCUCGAGACUCGGUUUAUCCGCAGAAGCGAUGAAAGCACCGCGGCGGUGAGGAGGGCGCGCGCGGGGGGUUCACGAUCGAUCGCUAUCGAUUGGUAUCGAUUGACAUCGGCCGCUGUCGGUAUCGAGCAUGCACGCUCUCUGAUCUCGCCCUCGAGACGAAGGUGACUCGCGUGCAGUCGGUGGCAAUGCAGAGAGGAGGAAGAGCUCAUGCGCGAGACGAGGAGCCGCGGUGCGCGUGACACAUCGAUCGACUGAUUGGAAAGCGAGCAAAAAGCAAAAUUUACUGAGAGUGAAAGAGCGCGCGUGCGUGUGUUAAAGUGUGUGUGUGUGAGAGAGAGAGGGAGAUUGAGCGCGCGUGUGUGUGUGCAGAGGGUGGAGGUGGUGGUGGUCUCCUCGCUGGAUGAGUCUGUAUGAGUUCUGCUCCGGCAGGGCGCAAAACCCGCCCCGUCCUCCAGCUGGCCAAACCCGGCGAGCACGAGCGCGCGGAGGGAGCGGACUGCAGGAUGGUUGUUCAGGAGUUCAACACUCUGGUGGCGCUGUAUCGGGAGCUGGUGAUCUCGGUGGGGGAGAUUUCGGUGGACUGCCCCUCUCUACGGGCAGAGAUGCAGAAAACCCGCACUAAAGGCUGCGAGAUGGCUAGAACAGCUCAUCAGAAACUGUCUGCAAUAUCAGGGCCGGAGGAUGGGGAGAUCCACCCGGAGAUCUGCCGGCUGUUUAUCCAGCUGCAGUGCUGUCUGGAAAUGUACCUGACAGAGAUGCUGAAGUCAGUGUGUCUGCUCGAAUCUCUGCAGCUCCACCGGAGAGGGAAAGAUUCUGCACUGAAGUUGGAGAGUCGGAAAGAGGAGAGUUCAGAUGUUCCCAUCCUGGAGGAAACGUCUUCAUCUCCGGUAGAGCAGCAGACCCACUGCCUCGUCACCACCGAUAUCGAGAACAUCGAGAGGGAUAUGACAGAGAUGAAGAAUCUUCUCAGUAAACUCAGGGAGACGAUGCCUUUACCGCUGAAGAAUCAAGACGAUAGCAGCCUGCUAAACCUGACCCCCUACCCUCUGGUCCGGCAGAGGAAGAGGCGUUUCUUUGGUCUCUGCUGUCUGGUGUCCAGCUGAGGCCACAAAGACUACAUUUCCCAUGAUCCCUUACCGUGUGUGACAUUCACAAGUCAACUGUGUUACUGCCAUGUCCCAAACUAGUGCUUUAUGUUGGUUGUGAGGGCUGUCUGAUUUCUUACUCCUACAGAACGGCUGCGUCUCUGCACCAUCGCUGAUCAGUAAUCAGUAUAUAAACACGUACACAAUAUCAAUAUACCAGUAUAUGAUCAAUACAGAGCGUUUCCUUUUGUAGAAGAAGUGAAUGUAGUUCAUGUCCAUCACCAUAAUGCUGAAGAUAUGUUGUAGAUUAACACUGCAGGCUGUGUUCAUGCCUCUCCACAGCGCCCCCUGCUGGUGCAAAACGAGGCCAGUGUUAUAAGCUCCACUCUGCAGUUCAUUUUGCAUGCUUACAGGGCGGUUAGUUUAAUACAUACACACGUUUACACGUCUAAACGUUUACACGUUUACAGCUCUGUCAUUUAGAGAGAUAUCAGUCUCAGCACAACAUAAGCGAAUGUUGGAUGUGUCUGGUCUUGUCUUGGCUCUGAACCUUUUCUUUCCUGCUCCUCCUCUACUUUAAUUACACUAUUAUUUAGUCUUCCAUAAACCGAAAACCUGUAACCUUUUUCUGUUUGUGUCCAUCUUUAGGGAUAAACAAUACCUGAAAAGGCCUUUGUACAUAAUAAAUAAAGCUAUAUAUACGGAAA